CCAGAGCAUCAUUUCUGUUUCCUUCGCAUCAGGCGUUUAAGUAACGUUGGGAAAAAUGAUACGCCGAAAAGUAUCAAAUGCUUCGGAUAAAGAGAAAAAAUGCUUAAAACCGAAGCGCACCAGCAGCUUUGGGAACUUUGACCGAUUCAGACAUCAUCCACACACGUCCAAGCCAGAAGAGAAGCCUGACGACAGUGCUGGUGAAACCGAACAGGGAGCCGAAGCUGCUGGGGAACAGAAUCUGCCAAAGUCUGGGCAGAAUGGGAGUGGGCUGGGGAAAACCAUGCGCGCUAUUUCCAAAACCAUGAAGAAAAAGAUGGCACGCAGAUAUGCCAGUGCUCUGUCAGAGGGGAUGCCUGAGGCCAAUGCAGAAGUGACAAGCCAAGCCAUUGGAGAGCACGACACAGAGGACGGUACCCUGAGAGCUUGCGAGUCCAUGGAGAGUCUCUACAGCCUGAACAGUGGGCAGAGCUCGUCCACAGGCGGCAUUGCAAGUGGCUCAGACGCAGCAAGUAACCGGGACAGCUUCAGGUUGGAUGAGGAGGUUCCCUACACAGGCCCAUUCUGUGGACGAGCAAAGGUGCACACUGACUUCACCCCGAGUCCCUAUGACACUGACUCCCUCAAGCUGACGAAAGGCAACAUUAUUGAUAUAAUUAACAAGCCAACCAUGGGCACUUGGACAGGAAUGUUGAAUGGCAAAGUGGGAAACUUCAAGUUCAUUUAUGUGGAUAUCCUGCCCAAUGAAGAAGCUGUGCCCAAGAAACUAAAGACGGAGAGGAGGAGCAGACAGCCAGUUCCUGAUUCCUUACAGGAGCUGCUGGAAAGAUUCCACCUGGAGGAUCUCUAUUCCACAUUCCUUCUCAAUGGCUACCAGAGUCUGGAUGACUUCAAGGAUCUCAAGGAGAGUCACCUGAUUGAACUGAACAUCACAGAUGCAGAAAAGAGGGCGAUGCUUCUGACUGCCGCUCAACAGGAGUACGAUGUCUUGAGUGAACAGGAAGAGGAAAGUGAUGUUGUAACUGAGAACCAGCCCUCUGACCUCAAACUCGAUCAAGCACACUUGAAGGAAUGUCCCCGAGAUUCCGGAUGUUAUGCUACCUCUGAAAUCUCAGACAAUGGGAAAGAAGACUUGGAUCUGGAGAGUUUGCCCGAAAUGGUUGAAGGGGCUUCCCUUGCUGACUGAUCACAGAGGGACGAAGCACAUUGUACAGUUUUGAGUCAGACAGUGGGAGUCAAUGGAUACUGGAGAGUGUUUUCUUUCUAGGUGCAUUAAUAUUGAGCAGAAUUCCCUUUAUUUGACCUGAGUUUACAAGCGAAAGUGAAGAGCACAGUUUAGGAUUCACCCCAUGCUCUCCCAGAUAAAAACUAUGGCGAUUGGCAAAUUAUCUUAACUCGAUGAGCUGAAUUGUUUCAGAAACUCUGGGAAGCUCUAUCCCAGGGUUCCACUGAACUGGUUGUGGCUGAAUUUAGUGGGAGCAGUUAAUUAAUAGUUUGCCUCCAUGUCUGAUGUCCAAAUAGAAAAUAGAGGCACAAUACUGAUGGUGGGUCCAGCAACCAAUUAUUCUCGCCAGCACUAUCGAUUGGAGCCAUCUGCAAGUGAACAGUGUGGAUUUGAAGGAGGAAUGCUUCGAAGAUUAAUGGUUUGGUCCUUCAGCAUGACCACUGUCAAACCCAGGUUCGAUUCCAAUCUCGGGCGACUGUCUGUGUGGAUAUUGCACAUUCUCCCAGUGUCUGCGUGAGUUUUCUCUGGGUCCUCCAAUUUUCUCCCACAGUCCAAAGACGUGCAGGUUAGCUGAAUUGGCCAUGCUAAAUUGCCCAUAGUGUUCAAGGAUGUAUAGGUUAGGUGCAUUAGUCAGGGGUGAAUGUAUAGUAAGAGGAUAGGCGAGUGGGUCUGGGUGGGUUAUUCUUUGGAGGGUCGGUGUGGACUUGUUGGGCUGAAUGGCCUGUUUCCACACUGCAGGGAUCCUAUGAUUCUAUGAAUACUCUGACUGUCCAGCCAAAGCGUCCAGCCCUUCCACUGUCCUCAUGAACCAUAGACAAAGUGGGGAACCUAUAAAGGCACCAGGAAAUCUCAGUCCCAUUUAACUGUGUCACUGAUUGGCUCAAUCAUUACUCUCUUCUGGCGUUUCACCACUGUUGAAUCACUUUACUGAAGACUCCUCUGUGAAAAUCAUGAGGAGGGGGGAUCAAGUCAGGAAACUGUCCCAAUGAUUGCUCCCUCUAAAUUUCCUGGCUCCUGCUGACUACUCUAGCUUAAUCCACAGGGCAAGGAUAAACCAACCCCUGUGUUUUUUUUUAAUAGCAUUGCAUUUGACCUUGUUUCAUUUUGUUUAUUGGUGCUUCAAGAGAGACUGGGAUGGGUACAUAAGGAAGAACAAUUUGCAGGAGCAUGGGAAGAAAGUGGGACUAGUUGUUUGGCUCUGUCAAAGAAUCAGUGUAGCCUGGAUGGGCCAAUUGGCUUCCUUCUGUUCUGUUUUAUUCUGUGAUCUCCUGGGAUCACCCCUCCACUAGAACGGAUGAGGCCAUGAUCCACUGCAAGGUCACCAGAAUGGAAGCGUCUCGAUAAGCGGCAAUUUGGGAAAACCAGUUGAUCUGGUGACAGAAGUGGUCCAGCCAGUGGGUAUGCACUUGGUGAGUUUGAGCUCUACAGGGAUGAAAGCCAAGGGGAGUCAGAUAUUGUCACCCAUUUUGGUUCUUUACACCAGGCCCCAGUAAGAUUGGGCAGAAAAUCUCGGCAGCUCCAGCUUCUCAAUUUCCCAAAUUGUUGGCUCUCUAUCCGAUUUUUUUCUUUUCCCCAGCCAGGGCAGGACAUACCCAGACAUGAUGGGCCAAAUGGCCUCCUUCUACAUUCUGUGAUUCUGUGAGAAAAAAAAGCCAAUUAACAGGGACCAAUCAGUAAAAGCUGUGGGAAUGGAUGUCCCUUUUGAACACCGGGACUAUGUCAUCAAUGGUACUUGCGGUUUUGAGGGGAAACCAUUUUGUUAAACCUUUUCUAUUUGAUUGAAGCACCAUGAGACAAGAAAUAGGUUACUCCAAAGACUAUGUUUGUCAGCGAUGAAAAUAAGGUCACCAGCCCAGAUCAGUUACAUUCUUAGAAGACUUCACCAAGGUUACUGACAAAUUAUCAGUGGAAAGUCGGGAAAAAUUUACCUUGCAAAGAAUGUGAAUGCAUUCAAAAGAGAAUUAGCCAAGUAUCUGGUGAGAGAAAGGAUAGCGUGAGGGUUAAAGUAGAGAAGAUUGUGAGUGGAAGUGGAAAAGGAGAGGUUUGUUCAGGUUUGAUUGCCCUCUUACUGGUUACAUAUAUUCACAUGGAAUCUUAUAGUGAAAGUCACAUGAAAUGUCAUGAGGUAACAUUAAAUAUCAUUCUCAUAUUUUUCAGAAUGCACAGUCCAUUUUGUGGUGUACAUGAUCUCUUCAAAUCUCUUUUGCACAUUUGUGAAGGCACAGGGACUUUUGGCAUAUGCACAUAAAUGUACACACAUACAGACACCUACAAACACAUGAACAUACAUGUAAACCCACACAAACAUAUUGGCAUUACAAUGCAGAAAUGGUCACUUAAAUACAUAAUUAAAAAAACAUGUGACCACUGCUGUUCUCUACUUUUUAAUGAUAAAUGCAAAUGAAAGCAUUUUGGGGUAGCUCGCUCAGUUAGAUAAAUGACUUAUAACUGUGUCGGAAAACCCCUCUUUGCUCCCUCCUUCCGUUGCCACACAGUUUCCAUGAUGAUCACUUGCAUGUUUUGCAUCAGACCAUGUCUUAAGCUUAUUUUAUUCGCAAAUAUUUAUUAGAAUUUUGUAUUUUAUCCAAUUAGCUUUGACAUGAUUGUUCUCUGAAAGUCCUUUCUUUAUGACAUCCCUGCAUUAAUUGUUCCCUCAUGUUGUUGUGCUCCGUACUUCAGAUCUUUAAUUCGUUUGCUGGAAAUUAUUUCAUGUUCUUUAC